AUGACGGAUGAGGAGAACAUGCAAAUCUCCACCCAAUCCGAAGUGGGCGUGGCCUCGCUCAGGGCUCGGCUUCACCCUCAGUCUCUUCUCUGCAGAUUCAAAAACCAUGGAGGACACCAACAAAACUCUUCUUUACUGCGAUGCUUGCUCCUGGUACUUCCUGGAUUAAUCGCCUUCUUGCCGCAGUCCCUGGUCCUCUCCACCAACGCCUUUUCUCCACUCACCGAGAAAACCGACCUCCUUACUCUAAACCUGGUCUUUGCUAACAUCCUCAUCUCCACGUUCCUCAUCUUCACCGCUUUGAGCUUGAAGUUUGUCCCUCAGCUUUACCCUUACAUCAGGAGCGGUAUGUUCGGCAUGCUCUGCUUCGGCCACCCGCUAUAG